AUACUGGUUAAUCAUCGGUUAGGCGAUAAACCUUCAACCUCUCACUAAUCUGGAUCGAUGUCUGAUCUGGUUUUGACAACAUUGGUCUCAGCUCACCUCUCAAGUGUCGAAAUGGGAGACUAUACCGCAGGUACAACCUGUUGUUACCCCUUUGGCUGUGCAUAGAGGAUUAGGGGUAAUAAAAUGGUUGGCGGUUUUCAGUUGACUGUCUAACCGAACCAAAAAAUGCUUUUAGUCGGCUAACCGAUAACCGCCAUUUAUUUUCGGUUGGCGGUCUCGGUUGGAGGAAAUGGCCAUAUUCGAAAACCGAGCGGUUGUUGGCUAUAACCAAAACCGUUGGCGGUGCACCACCUAACCGCGCUGACCCAAAAUGUAAAUCGUCUCCUCCUCACUCCAGCAUUCCCCAGAAUCCCCCUAGUACCCAUCUCUCUCCCAUGCGUCCACUUCUCUCCUUCCCAUCCAUCAUUCCACUCUCUCCCCACAAAACAAUUGUUUUCCCUUCCUCUCUCUCUCUCAAAUAGAAGAUCUAGAGAUCCGCUCUCUUCCUCUUCCUUCAAAUAUAUCCUUGAGAUCAUCACCAUCUCUUCCUACGAUUGGGAAGCAAAGAUAGAGCAGGAAAGGAGAACGGGCGUUGGGCAGCAUGCAAUUUCCCAGUCGCCUAAUCGUCCUCCUCCCUCUGCGUCAGCCGUCGCCCAGUUGUCCGUCGUCCUCAGCCUUUUCCUUUGUUGUCGUUCGUCAUCCUGGAUCUCCAAUCUUCCUAUAUGUGCCUCCGAAGAUGGAUUCAUAUCCAGAUCCUCCUCUCACGCUCUCUCCCCUUCCUCCCUCAUCUACCUUGAUUCGCGGCGGACUCGGAUCCGGAUUCGCGGUGGACUCAGAUCCGAUUUUCGGUGACAUGCAUAUCGAUGUGGUGGUCGGAGUUGGUGUGUGUCGGUCUUAGAGCAACCGCCGCUUGAAACCGAAACCGACGGUUGCAGUUAUCGGCUAACCGAUAGUGUGUCGGUCUCGGUUGUGGUUGGCGGUCGUGUGAUCAAUUCGGUGGCGGUUAACCGUGUAACAUCCCAUUUCGGCUAAAAUCGUAUUUCGAUCGCUAGAAAGUUCGCGAUUUAAAAUCGAUCAUUUCGACACUAUUUCGACGAAAAUCGGAUUAUCGAUCGAUCGGAUAAGUAUACGUAUUAUAUAUAUAUAUAUAACAAAAAUGAGUGAGCGGUCGGAUAUAUAUAUCCCCAUCCCACCAUCAUUUUCAUUUGCCAAGUUUCCUCUCGAUACAGAAACCACAGGGACGCGCACAGGGUAGUUUAGAAGAAAAUUUCAGAGCUCAAAUCUUGAGUUCUACUAAUCCAAAAAUCCCGUAAGUAAUGCCUAAUUCAUCCAUACAUCGUGAUUUCUCGAUUUAGAGCUUUAAAACGAGUUUUUGAUUCAGGAAUUUCUUGAAUUCCCGAUAAGCCAAAUUAGGGUUUCGGAGUAUCCGGAAGCCGGAUUGAGCCCAAAUUUCAUAUACGAGCUUCCUGCAGCGAGGUAAUCAAUCCUCUAGUUCUAAUCCCUGAAUUUCGGCAAUUAUUUAGGUCGGGGUCCAAACCGCUGAAUUUAGCUCCGGCCAGGGUUUGAUGUGUUUUUAUCGAGAAUUUGACCCGGAGCCUAGAACUAAUAUUGACGGGGAUACUGCAGGGGAUAUUAGGACGGUCUCGGAUUUUAAUUCGGGGUUUGUUCGUGAAAUUGAUGUUUUAGUACGGGAAGCUUAAACCAGUGUUUGAACGACCAGAACUGGUGAGGGAUUAGCACGGCAUACCGGGUUUGUCGUAUCACGAUAAUUAUAUUGAUCCUUAGAAUUGACCUAGGUUAACUAGAAUGGCAUGAUUAAGGGUGUAUGAACUUUUGUGCUAUAUGAUGAACCAUGGACUACUGUAUGAUAUUAUUGACUUGCCCUAAUCGAUAUGAACCUUGUUUAUGCUGAUGAUUGUGUAUAUGUUGCAAAUUGUGGGCUGGACUGUUAAUAUGCUUUACGAUGGUUCGAGAAGGUGAUUAGGUAUGACUUUUCAUGAUUGUUGUAUUUGAAUGCACAAGUGGGAAAAUAUAUAUUCCCUGGUGAUAUUAUGAUGUUUAAGGAGGAUGACUUGCACGAGGGUUUAUCCCGAGGAAGUGCAAUUAUACGACUCCUUAUUUACCUAUGUUGAGCCAAUUAUGGCCAGGGCAAGUACAUGUGUAAGUAAUGAAUUAUGAUUAAGCAAGAUGAGAUAUGAAUCAUGUACAAGGAUACCAAAUAUGAGUGUUGUGGUCUCACGGUCAACUACAUAGUAAUUAGGGCUCCCUAUGCUAUUACUCUAUUAUGAUAUGUAUGAUAGUCACACCUCUCAUGUGGUGGUGACUGAAGAAUUCUUAUGAGAUAUGACCACACCCAGAGCGGUGUCGGGGUAUGACUACACCCAUAGUGGUGUGGGGUAUGUAUGACCACAUCCGACGAGAUGUUGGGGUAUGUAUGACUACAUCCGACGGGAUGUGGGGUAUGUUUCCCGGGAGAGUUAUUAGAUAAGUAUGUUUCCCGGAAGAAGCUUUCAAUUAAGUUUCUUCACUCUCCACUCGAUAACAUCAACUUCAUUCUACACAAUUAGAAAGAAAAAAUUAGACAUGUCUCCACAAACAUAAAUAAGAUAAGUUGUUUAGA